UUCAAUUGUUGCGUAGAGACUCCUUUGUUGUUCAUUACCGGGUUCUGCAAGCACUCGCCCCCCUCGGCCGUCACCAUGCCUGUCACAUCGCCGUACCCUGUCCUCGACAUCCCCCAGAAAAACGUCCUCAGCUACCUGUUUGGAGAUGCGCCGGCGUCAGAGGAGCCAUUGUGGCUGGACAGCAAAACUCCCGACGAGAAGAAUCUCUCCCCUAAGCAGCUCCUCCAAUGGGUGAGACGGCUCGGCUACGGCCUCGAACGUUUGGGGAUUCAGAGAGGAGAUGUCGUCAUGAUUUGCUCGCCCAAUUCCAUAUUUGUCCCGGUCGCAUUUCUGGGAAUCGUUGGCGCAGGUUACAUUUUCAGUGGCGCUAACCCGGCGUACACGGUCCCAGAACUCGUUCACCAAAUGAAGAAUACAACAGCCAAGGCAAUUUUGGUUCACCCCAAGGUGCUUGAGCCCAUCUUGGAAGCUGCAUCCCAGGCUGGUCUCUCGAAGGACCGCAUCUUUCAGUUCUCCGACUCCGAGGCACCUGUUCGACACGGCAUUCCCGACUGGCGAGCCAUGAUGGGGACUCCUGAGCAGGGAGAUGCCUGGCUGUGGCCUGAAAUGAGCCCUCGGGAUUCGGCCAACACCGUCGCAACGAUUAAUUACAGCUCGGGAACCACAGGCCUUCCCAAGGGCGUCUGCGUCUCUCACUACAACCUCAUCGCCAAUGUCGAACAGACUGUCUUCAUGCGCUACGCCCACAAGCCGUAUAAAUUCGAAUCUAGACCAAGGGAGCGCUGGAUUGGGUUUUUGCCAUUGUACCAUGCUUAUGGCCAGAUGUACACCAUUCUGAUGGCCAUCAAACUCAACGUUCCGAUAUAUAUCAUGACCGAGUUUCGAUAUGAAGAUUUCCUCUUCGUCAUCGGAAAGUACCGAAUCACUAGUCUUCAAAUCGCACCGCCCAUCCUUGUCAUGCUGUCAAAGCGACCCGAGACCGCAAGGUACGACAUCUCCAGCGUCAAAGAUGUGCUGUGCGGUGCGGCCCCGUUGUCCCGGGAGCUCCAGAAUGAGUGUCAAAAACGCUUCCAAAUACAGAUCAACCAGGGUUGGGGUAUGACCGAGGUCACAUGUGGCGCGUUGCAUGUACCCGGAGGCAUUCAAGAUGACACAGGGUCGGUUGGCAAGCUCGAUCCCAACUGCGAAUGCAAACUCGUUGAUGAUGAUGGACGGGAAGUUGCUGUCGGACAACCGGGAGAGAUUUACAUCAGGGGACCCAACAUUUGCAUGAAGUACUGGAAGAAUGACGCGGCCACCAAAGAAAGCUUUGACGGCGAUGGCUAUCUAAAAACAGGGGACAUCGCUGUCCGGAACGAAGAUGGAUUCUUUUGGAUCGUUGAUCGCAAGAAGGAGCUCAUCAAAGUCAACGCACUCCAGGUAGCCCCUGCAGAGUUGGAGUCGAUUCUCUUGGAGAACGAGGACAUCGCCGAUGCAGCAGUGGUUGGAAUUACCAUAAAGGGAGAGGAAUGGCCGAGAGCCUAUGUGGUCAUCCAGGAAUCUUCACAGGGAAAGGUGACUCCUCAAGAUGUCCAGGACUGGAUCGCCAAGCGGGUUGCUAAGCACAAACGGCUGGUGGGAGGCGUGGUCUUUAUCGACGAGGUGCCUAAACUCGCAAGUGGCAAAAUACAACGCAAAGUCAUGAAGGAGUGGUCGAAGAGAGAUGCGAUUGAGAUUGAGAACGGAGCCGGAACAGAAAGGGCAAGACUGUAGUAUACUUAGAAUCGAUCUAUUUGAG